AUGGGUUCGAAGCAUCAUCCUGAUUUGAUUAUGUGCCGGAAACAGCCAGGAAUUUCUAUCGGAAGGCUGUGCGAAAAAUGCGACGGCAAAUGUCCAAUAUGUGAUUCUUACGUGAGACCGUGCACCCUGGUUCGCAUAUGCGACGAAUGCAACUACGGCACUAAUCAGGGGCGCUGCGUCAUUUGUUCCGGACCGGGAGUGUCCGAUGCCUACUACUGCAAGGAAUGCUGCCAAUGUGAAAAAGAUCGCGAUGGUUGUCCCAAGAUCGUCAAUCUGGGAAGCGCAAAAACUGAUCUGUUCUACGAGCGGAAGAAAUACGGGUACAAACAGGCGUAA